CCAGUGAAGCAGCGCCAUAGUCACCGUAGUCCUGGCGACUGUAACCCACCAACAACAACCUCUCGCUCCAUCAUUACCACCUCCUCCACCAUCCUCAUCUUCAUCAACCAGUCCACAGCUCAGGCGCCAUGCAGACCCCUGAAGCAGGCGCUGACUCCACCACCACUGUCCCUCUUCAGACCACUGUGCCUGUCCAGCCUACCAGCUCUACCCAGCAGGUGCCUGUUCAGCAGCAGGCCCAGACUGUUCAACAGGUUCAGCAUGUUUACCCAGCACAAGUGCAGUAUGUCGAGGAAAACAGUGGCGUCUACACCAAUGGCAACAUAAGAACCUACUCGUACUCAGAGCCACAGCUGUACAGCCAGAACAGUGGAGGGAGCUACUUUGAUACACAAGGCAGCUCAUCGCAAGUGUCCACUGUGGUGACAUCUCAUGGCAUGACCAACAAUGGAGGAGGGGGCUCUGGAGGAAUGAGCAUGGGUCUGGCAGGGGGUCAGGUAAUCAGCAGCAGUUCUGGGGGGUACCUCAUGGACAACGCCGGACCUCACCCUGCAACCCAGACUACACGAGCCUCCCCAGCCACUAUUGAAAUGGCGAUUGAGACGCUCCAAAAAUCUGAGGGUUUAUCCAGUCAGAGAAGCUCGCUGCUCAACAGCCAUCUCCAGUGGCUGCUGGACAAUUACGAGACAGCAGAGGGAGUAAGCCUACCACGUUCCACCCUCUACAAUCAUUACCUGCGCCACUGCCAGGAGCAGAAACUGGACCCCGUUAAUGCAGCUUCAUUUGGGAAACUCAUUCGCUCCAUCUUCAUGGGACUCCGUACAAGGCGGCUUGGAACAAGAGGGAAUUCCAAAUAUCAUUAUUAUGGAAUACGUGUGAAACCAGAUUCCCCGCUCAAUCGACUCCAAGAAGACAUGCAGUACAUGGCGCUCAGACAGCAGCCUGUACAGCAGAAACAAAGGUUCAAGCCAGUGCAGAAGUUUGAUGGUGGCUCUGGGGAGAAUUACUCAGCUGGAGGCCAGCACCACCCCGGUGCAGCAGAGCAGACUGUCAUUGCACAGAGCCAGCACCACCAGCAGUUCCUAGAUGCAUCACGGGCACUCCCUGACUUUGUAGAGCUGGACCUGGGACAGAACAAUACAGAGAACAUCACCCCAGAUGAUGUAAAAGCUCUCCAGUCCCUUUACAGAGAGCACUGUGAGGCUAUCCUGGAUGUGGUUGUCAACCUCCAGUUCAGUCUAAUUGAGAAGCUGUGGCAGACAUUCUGGCGUUAUUCUCCCCCUGACACUGUCGAGGGUUCCACUGUAACAGAGAACAGCAGCAUAAGUGAGAUUGAAGUACGGCUUCCCCGUGCGCAGCUACUGGUGCUGUGCAGAAAUGAGGCAGUUCUGAAGUGGAUGAGUACCUGUGACCAUUUAAUGUACCAGGCCCUCGUGGAGAUCCUUAUUCCUGAUGUCCUGAGACCCAUUCCCAGUGCCUUGACUCAAGCCAUUCGCAACUUUGCCAAAAGCCUGGAAGGUUGGCUCAAUAAUGCCAUGAAUGCCAUUCCACAGAGAAUGAUCCAGACUAAGAUUGCCGCUGUUAGUGCCUUUGCGCAAACGUUGCGCAGAUAUACAUCUCUGAACCACUUGGCUCAGGCGGCACGUGCUGUGUUGCAAAACACUUCACAGAUCAACCAGAUGCUGACUGAUCUCAACCGUGUUGAUUUUGCCAAUGUACAGGAGCAGGCCUCGUGGGUGUGCCAGUGUGAGGAGGGAGUGGUUCAGCACUUGGAGCAAGACUUUAAGGUCACACUGCAGCAGCAAAGCUCUCUGGAGCAGUGGGCAGCCUGGCUAGACAACGUGGUCACUCAAGUGCUCAAGCCUUAUGAGCACAGAUCCAGCUUCCCUAGGGCGGCUCGACAGUUCCUGCUUAAGUGGUCCUUUUACAGUUCUAUGGUGAUAAGGGACCUGACCCUGCGCAGUGCUGCCAGCUUUGGUUCCUUCCACCUGAUUCGCCUGUUGUAUGAUGAGUACAUGUUUUACCUGGUGGAACAUCGUGUGGCCCAAGCUACAGGAGAAACACCCAUUGGAGUCAUGGGCGAGUUUGACAGCCUGAACACCUUAUCCCUUACUAACAUUGAGAAAGAUGAAACAAGCGGGAUGGACAGCGACUUAGAAGAGGAUACAGAGGAGUCCGGAGAACCUCUCGCUAAGCGAGAGAAGUCGGAUCAUGACGUAAUCCAGGUGAUCCAAGUUGGAGCACUUGAAGAUGGAUCCCACCCUGUGGUGGGAGUUGUGCAGCCAGGUGUACUCCACUCGCUGCCACAGCCCCCACAGGACCACACAGAGCACAUCCUAACCCCCUCUGCUGGUACUCCCACCAUCCGCCACUGCAGCACCACAGGCAACACAUACGCCUCAGUCUGAAGGUCUGGGGGCAGAGCUGACCUUGUCUGGUAUAGGUUUGCUGUCUCGCUCUUUACAUAUCUGUCUCUGUAAGUCUAGAUGUUGCCGUCUUUUCUUCAUGCAUCAUCUCUGUUUGCACUUGUGUGGACAUGCUCUCCUCUCCCUACCCAGCCUGAUCAGUGGGGGAAUGAUAUUCUGGCCAAAAUGUGCUGUCUUUUGUCUGACUCUUUUUUUUAGAUUCUGGAUGUCUAGUCAUCCCCUACGUCUGUGCUUAAACUCAGUGGCAGCUGGUGGAAGGGACCUGGAGAAAAAGGACUAAUUUGACCCGUUAAAUGUUUCCUGUUCAGGGAUGACUUACCACCUCUGUCUGUGUACACAGAUGGGUUUUAUCCUGAAUGGAAGCACAAUCUCCUUCAAACUACUGAUGUCUCAGAGCUCAAAUCCAUGUCACUAGUCCCAGUAGAGCAAAUUCAUAGACUGACUCUAAACCUUCAUCCAUUGUACAUAGAUUUGCUGUACUUUCAAUUGGUAUUACUCAAAGUUCAUGGUGCUAUUGUUGUUUUGUUUUAGUUUUCUAGUUGUCUCUUCUGGUUUUAGUAUAAUUUCUGUCAACAUGCAUUCCAACUGCUGAUACACUUAUGAUUGAACAAGGUGUUUUUGAGUAUUGCAUGUAGCUAAAAAAAAAAAAAAGAAAGAAAAACAGACAACUUUCUGUUUGACAUAAACAGAACUGCACCAUGUUAUGUAAGACAAUUACAUGGUAGCCAGCCGCUGACAGCCACUUAUCGCUUUUAGCCACAGAAAAAAAACCACUGUAAGAAAUGUCUGUGCUGCUGUUCCUGUACAUAGAGAUGAGAUUGAGGGGAAAAAGGCUGUUUUUUAAAAGAAGAAAAAAAACUUCCUCAAAAUGUUAGCUUUUCUAUGCAGCUUGUGCAUAACACUUGCCUUUUACUCAUUUUAGAUGCUCUGUAGUUUAUGUGACAAGGUGUAAUCUUGAAAAGAACUUUCCCCUGGUUUUGCAUUUUCAGUUUUAAUUAAAUUUCUUCAGUUCGCAGUGGACCAAAAAUAAAACCAACAAGAGGACUCUAAUAGUGAGCCAUCAGGGCCACACAAAAGCUGUUUCCUGUCCCACAGUGCCAUGUUGCAGAGCAGGAGGAAUGUCAGGGAUUUAAUGUACCUCGGCUUUAUCAUAGUGCCUUAUCCUUAAAUGCAGCUGUCCAUUUAGUCCUGACUGUGUGCUGUAGAGAGCCCACGGCCCCUCUGCAUUGUCCCAGCCACAGAUUUGGCUUUCUGGUGACUCGUGGCUGGAUUUGGGCUGGCUCAUCAGUGUUGAGACCUGUGGGAUGCAGGCAUAUACACACCUGUUGUUUUCUCUGGAUCAGCUCUUCUAAACUUGUAACUUAUCUGAGUCAUGGUCUUUAGCCUUGCUCCUGCCCUCACUCUGCCCUCUCGAGGCCUAUUCUUGCAUUAGCCUUUGUCAUUGGAUGAAGUGUGUAUGUGCGUGUAUGUGUAAGACAAUGGAUGCAUAGAUCUGCACCGUGCUUUUAUGUGCAUGUGCUCAUAUGCUUGUGUGUGUGUGUGUGUGUUGGAACACAUCCAUCAGUCACCCUACCUCAAACCAGUGGUGCCAGCCCUUUGAUGCGUGCAGCACAGUCACCAAACCUUAUUGCACACACACCACUGUACUGCACAAAUCUCAACGCGAUAAGAGAAAAUCUGCAUUGCUUUUCUCUCACCUCUGAUACAUUUUCAUUUCUGUUUUUAGCCCAUAAAAUGCUUCAUCCUUUGUUCUGCGUUUAAAGUUCAUCUUUGUACAGUGGACCAAAAGUAGAUAUUUUCUGAUACUCAAAGAGAUAUAAAGAUAUAUAUAUAUAUAAAUAGAUAUAUAUGUAUAGUAUAUAACAAUACACUACUUAUAUUUGUUGCUUUUUAUGUGCUUGAUCUGAUUGUUAAUAUGUGAAUGUUUCCUUUGGUAGCUCAUCUGUAAUUAGUUCAUAGACUGUGAAAUGGGAAAGGCAUGGGGACUAACUUCUGAUUCCUUAGAUUGCAUCUAUACUUGAACUGUUAUAGCCUUCUAUGUUGUGAGGAGUAUUGAGAUUAAUCCUCUAAAUGGGAAAAUUUUGUUACUACAAAUAAUUUUUCUCUUAUUUUUGAUGCUUGUUUUAAUGAUCUGUAUCUUUCUCCACAGAAAUGUUUAUUUAUUGAUAUUUAUUGGAUUUUGUUUUGUUUAUGUAUGGUAUAAAGCAUUCUGAGGAUUAUA